UCAACACAAUCACUUAGAUUAGCUCCACCAGCAUCUUCAACCAAUUUGGAGAAAAGUGUCAUCAAUACUACAAAUUCUUAUGGUAUUCAUGAUACUUUUCGCUUUGGUCCAAAAUCUAUUGAAAGUGAUAUUUCACCAACUCAUCCACUUGAAAAUAGAUUAAAAUAUUGGGAAGAAACACAAAGUAAUUUGAAACUUACAUUACAUCGAAAAGUUUAUGGACUUCAUGCACCAAUAAGACAACUCAUGGAACGAAGCAUUGUAUCAAAGGUACAAAGAUUCCCAGUUUUAGAAUCAUCUAAUCUUGGAUUAGAUAUUUUAAUGGGUAAAGAUGAAACAAUUGAUUUUGAAGAUUUCUUGAACGAUCCAAGUCAAUCAACAGAUAUGAUUGAUAUACAUUCAGCAAUGGAACAUAAAUAUAACAUCAAAUUAUAA